UAGUUUUUAGGUUGAAGAUGAUACUAAACACUGUGAGACCAAGGGUGACUGGGGGAACAAAAAUAGCACUAGAGAAAGAAACAUUUAAUGGAACAUUAACCUGUCAACACCAAUUAAAAUGCGAGAAGAUGAUAUUAACCAAUAUAUAUUUUUUUCCUUUCUGCUUCCCGACACGGUUGUUCUCAUGACACGCCCAUUACCGGAGGUACAGCUGUAGAUACCUAAUGCAGCACUGAGAAGGAAACUCAGUUAUAAAAGAAGGCAGUGGUGCUCAGUUGCUCUGUUUGAUUUCGAUAAUGCUAUCGUAUUAUGGGUUCAUGUUUUGUAGCCUAUAGUUAUGUUAUACACCUAUGGGCAAUCGUAGAGAACACACUAUUGGCGCAGAUGAGAAUAAAAAUUGUUUCCACCUUUUUAAUUCCUCCAGCGGCCAUUAGCGUAAUUUCUCCAGCUGAAAGCACGAGCUGAGAGGAAUGAUGUUCAAAGGCGCUCUCCAUGCGGGUUCCGUCCCAUACGUGCAGCGGAAUACCAAGCAAUAACGCAUUCUCAGAAAUUGAUGGAGGAAGAAAAAAACACCCCACACGUUUAGCUGAUUAUACAUCUUGAUUUAAGAGGGAAAACUAUACCAUUCACAAGCAAUUGGAUGAGAUUCAUAUUUGCCCUUGGCAACUGAAGAUGACGUUACUAUGGAAAUGGAUAGUGCUGCUAUCAGUCACUGACUGCCUUGCAGCUUAUGCAGAAGAUGCACUGUUUCAUGGUCCGAGGUGGAGAACAGAGCCCAGUGACCUGAUUCUCCCUAUCUACUCUCCAAAGCAGGAGGCUAUCCUAGCAUGUGAGGCCUCAGGCAUUCCUCUUCCACAGUACAGAUGGUCUCUGAAUGGGACACUCAUUGAUCUCGACGGUGACGAAAGGCGUCAUGUGUCUGGAGGGAACCUGAUUAUCAACACACUGGAUCGAGACCAAGAUGCAGGCGUUUACCAGUGCUCUGCUGCCAAUGCCCGAGGAAUUAUCCUGAGUCACAGAGCCACCGUACAGUUUGCAUAUCUAGAUAACUUCAAAACCCAGCCAAGAAAUGCUGUGAAUGUGAGGGAAGGUCAAGGUGUUGUUCUGUUAUGUGGAACCCCGAUGCAUUCUGGAGAACUUAGCUUUGCCUGGGUCUUCAAUGAGUACCCGAACUUUGUCCAGCAAGACAGCAGGCUCUUUGUGUCCCAGGAGACUGGAAACCUGUAUAUCGCAAAGGUGGAACCAACCGAUGUAGGCAACUACACGUGUGUCGUCAACAACAGCAUCACCAAGGAUAAAGUGCUCAGUUCACCCACUCCUCUGGUGCUGAGAACUGAUGGUGCAAUGGGAGAAUACGAGCCCAAAAUAGAAGUUCAUUUCCCAGACACUGUGCCUGCUGCAAAAGGAUCGUCUGUAAAACUAGAGUGCUUCGCCCUGGGGAACCCGGUUCCUAAAAUCAGCUGGAGAAGAACCAGUGAUGUGCCAUUCCCAAGUAAGGUCAAACUAAGUAACUCCAAUGCUAUUCUGGAGAUUCCCAGAUUCCAGCAGGAGGACACAGGCACGUAUGAGUGUGUGGCAGAGAACAGUCGAGGAAAGAAUGCAGCAAGAGGCCGCCUCUCUUUUCAUGCCAAACCUCACUGGCUGCAGACCAUGACAGCCACAGCCUUGUCCAUAGAGGAGAACUUAUUCUGGGAGUGCAAAGCCAAUGGGAAACCCAAACCCUCAUACAACUGGCUGAAGAAUGGAGAAACGCUUAUGUCUGAGGGCCGGGUGCUCAUAGAGAAUGGUGCUCUCACCAUCUCCUCAUUGACCCUUUCUGAUGGAGGGAUGUAUCAGUGUGUGGCAGAGAACAAACACGGCAUCAUUUAUGCCAGUGCCGAACUAGUGGUGCUAGCAUCACCACCCAGUUUUUCCGAGAGCCCCCUGAGGAGUGUGUUGAAAGUUCGUGCUGGCAGUGAGGUGACUUUGGAUUGCAGACCACAAGCUUCACCCAAAGCCAUCAGCUUGUGGAAGAGAGGGAACGAGAUGAUCCAGAAAAAUGAAAGAUUCUCUGUCUUUCCCAAUGGAACACUAAAGAUUGUCAAUGUGACUAAGCAAGACGGGGGCAUUUACACAUGCAUUGCCAGAAACCAGUUUGGCAGUGCAAGCACGGCAGGCCGCCUGCUGAUCACGGAGCCAAGCAGGAUCACACAAGGACCCAGCAGCAUGGAGAUUAUGGUGGGCGAGAGCAUCGUGCUGCCCUGCCAGGUAACUGUGGAUCCGGCACUGGACGUGAGCUUCUCCUGGGCCUUUAAUGGCCAGCUUAUCGACUUCGAGCACGACUCAGAGCACUUUGAGAGAGUUGGCGGAAAGUUUGCGGGGGACCUCAUGAUUCGAAAUAUUCAGCUUAACCAUGCUGGGAAGUAUGUCUGCAUUAUUGAUACAGAUGUGGAGAGCUUGUCUGUGGAUGCAGUCCUGGUUGUGGAAGGUCCACCCGGUCCCCCAGACAGCGUGAUGGUGGAGGAGAUUACAGAUAGCACAGCACAGCUCUCAUGGAGCCCUGGCAGAGACAAUGGGAGCCCAAUCACUGGCUAUGUCAUCCAGGCCAGAACACCCUUCACUGUGGGCUGGCAAGCUGUGGACACAGUUCCGGAGGUGAUCAAUGGCAACACACUGACUGCUACAGUGGUGGAUCUGAAUGCCUGGGUAGAAUACGAGUUCAGAGUGUUGGCCAGCAACAGUGUGGGAAUGGGAGAACCAAGCCCUCCCUCUUCCAAAACCAGGACUGAAGAUGCAAUUCCUGAUACAGCUCCCACUGAUGUAGGAGGAGGGGGAGGCACCAAGUCAGAAUUAGUGAUAACAUGGGAGCCAGUCCCAGAGGAGCUACAGAAUGGAGAAGGCUUUGGUUACAUCAUCGCCUUCCGACCAAUGGGCACAGUCACCUGGACCCGGGCAGUGAUAUCCUCACCCAUUGUGGCACGAUAUGUUUUCCGCAAUGACACAAUACCACCUUUCUCGCCCUUUGACGUCAAAGUGGGUGCUUUUAAUAACCGUGGGGAAGGACCCUUCAGCUCCAUUGUCAAUGUGUUCUCAGCAGAGGAAGUGCCGAGCAUAGCACCUGAGAGAGUUGUGGCUAGAAGCCUCUCGGCCUCCGACAUCGAAGUCAGCUGGGAAGCAGUACAGUCGAGUCCUGAGAGAGUGCUCGGCUAUGAGGUGGUGUACUGGGAAGACAACACUAAGCCGGAAACUGUAGGUAAAGUGAGAAUCAGCAACAACUCCACUGCGGUCAAUGUUAGCGGUCUUCAGGGCAACACGCUAUACUAUUUAGGUGUGUGUGCCUUCAAUACUGCAGGAAGCAGCCCUCAGUCUCUGCCUGUUAAUGCUACCACUAAGAAACCACCUCCUGGGCAGCCACCGCAAAACGUGGAGUGGACUCUGAUAGGCUCGCAGCUCACACUGCAGUGGGACCCAGUCAUAGCUCUGGAUACUGAGUCUGAGGUCAUUGGAUAUGUGGUAAUAUACAGGCGCCACCACAAUAAUGAAAUAUACACAAUCACCACCAACAAAACCACAGUGGAGCUGACGCUCUCUCCCCAUGAUAACUACGUCAUUCAGAUUAAGAGCCUGAGCAAGGGUGGCCUUGGAGAAGGAAGUGAACCCAUCCAUAUUCACCAACAUAGUAAGUCCUGUUUUCUUUUUCCCCAUUCUGACUCCCUUCAUAGGCUUCUGAUGGCUAUUCAAUCAUCCAAGGAGCACAGAAAUUAUAAGUCACUUUGCUCUCCAUCCAUGGAUAAUAGACUUUUCCCUCCUUUUUGUACCUCACUGGAGCUCUCGACCUUUUUAGGAAUUCACAUUCCGACCACCAUCAAUCUCUGUCAGCUCCAUAUUGUUCAUUGUUGACAGCCUAGCAAAGCGGCAUGUGAAACAGCAGAGCGGUUUCAUCCUCCUUUGAUCAAAUUAAAAACAUGUUGUUUUUUCUGUACCUCCUUCUUCACUGAGGCUUUUCAUCACUAAGUACUUUGCUAUUGAAAGCUAUUAAUAAUGAAGAACUAGAGAGCAUUCUCUUCUCAGGUGUAUUAUCUUCUUUUUAAUUUGGCACAAAAAAUGUCCUUUAAUUGCUGUGAUUUAUUGUGUUUUAUCCUCUAUAUAAUUUGAUCUAUUUUUAUUAUAUUUUAGGUAUGGGAGCACAAGGGUCUGGUAUAGGAAGACUAGACACCCUCACACUCUCUCAGCUCCUCAUAACUGCACUGGUGGCC